AAGACGGGGGAUUGCAAUUUUUUUUUUCCCAGUUCACCUCCGGGUGCCGCGUGACUAAUAAAAAAAUAGAAAUACGUUCUUACGUUUUACAAUAUCAGUCAAGUCAACAUUAGAAAAACCUGACGAAAUUCAGGUGGAUACACUGACACUGACUGAACCUUAUUUUACUACUUCUCACGAAGACAUGAGCUCCCAAAGUGGCCACAGUCGCCAUCGCGACCUCGUUCCUUGGUCCACCGGGCUCUUCGACUGCUGCUCCGAUCCAAAAAACUGUUGCAUAACACUUUGGUGUCCAUGCAUCACUUUUGGCAAAAUUGCAGAGAUUGUCGAUAAGGGUUCUACAUCUUGUGGCGCAAGUGGAGCGCUGUACACACUGAUUGCUUUUGUGACGGCUUUUCCAUGUAUCUAUUCAUGCGUCUACCGCUCCAAAAUGAGACAGCAAUACAGCCUGGAAGAGAGCCCUUGUGGUGACUGCUUGGUUCAUUGCUUCUGUGAGGGCUGCGCCUUGUGCCAAGAGUACCGCGAGCUCAAGUCUCGCGGUUUCGACAUGAAACUUGGAUGGAAUGGAAACAUGAAGGAAAGGGAAGUUGGAAUGAGUCCGGUGGUGGAGAAAGGCAUGAGGCGAGAUAAAUGAAACACCAUGUAGACUGUGGUUCACUACGAUUAUCUCAGUGUAUUUUUAGAACAUAGUAGAGUUUUCGACACUAUAACUUAUAUACUGUAUUUAAUGUGUACUUAAGUUUGUUGUCAUGCUUUUAUACAUGGGUAUGUACAAUGUAUGAAAUAUGAAUAACGGUUGUAAUAUGAGCGUCAUGUAUAAUGAUACAAAUAAAUAAUAUGGUUUUUAUCAUAAA